AGACAAAAUUAAGCGCCCGUUAUACCAUCCACCUCUCGAUCGCUUUCCGUUAUUCUAAGGAGAAUUUUGGACGAGCCGAUCAGGCCAAUAUCCAGGCCAGCUAUCUAUAUAAACCAUGUUAUGUACUGCUCGAAUGCUUCAGUCAGCGCUCGAGGGAACUGAGGACUAGAGUUAGAGGGAGCUGAUCGAGAGGAAGAAGAGGAAAAUGGGCUCCAGUAGAGUUGGUAGAGCUUCCCUUGUUCUUCUACUGCUCAUCGUCGUUUCGGAUUGCGCCGCAGGAGGCAGGGGUCUGGCCGAAGAAAAGAUUCAGAAGGAACAUCACAACGCUGUGCACAAGGAGGGAACGACAGCUCCAGGCAGCCAUCCAAGGAACCUCAUGGUGAAGACAAACGACUACGGCCGCUAUGACCCGACUCCAGCGUUCUCCAGGCCUCGCUUCAAGCCUAUACCUCACUGAUGGACAUGACUGCUGCUCUGCUCCUGCACACAGUCAUAUAUAUGGUUAAACUAAUUAACAACAUAUAUACGUAUAUAACUAGAUCAGAAUUGAUGAGUAUAGUACUAUGGUUGUUGUUUCUGCAAGGUAUGCGAACCACUGGUUCGGGCACCGGUUUCCUAAGUUUGUAACUGAUAUAAGAGUAAGGAUUGUACUGUAUGCCGAAUGUUAUCUCUACUCCUAAUGUCUGAGUUGAUUGAAUAGUAUUCACGGUUUAUUUU